CAAAGCCAGCGGCUUCAAGCUCUAUGCUUUUCACAAACUUAUAAGAUUCUUUUUCUGGUGUGCAGAACCAUUUCCUGGGAUUAGGAAAGGAACAACCUGAAUGUAAACUAACUUGUUUAUCAGCACCCACCUCUCCCACUCCAGCCAUAUGCCGCUUAGUUUUUUUUAUUGUUCCAGAGGGAGGCUGGUUCAGUGCUACGUAAUUAGCUGUAUUGAUUUGGCUCACGGCGGUCUGAAUUCUGAAUCCGCCGAAGCAGCAAUAACAACAACUGUUGUUUGUAAUUGUGUUGUACGCUAGCCUUCUAGCAUCUAUCUGUACGUCUGGUUUGUAUAACUCUUUUUCAGUGGCACAGGGAUCCAUUUCUUGGGAAUGUCGCACUGAUUGGGUUCCUCAGAUGAAGUUGUAGGAAAUCCGGGAACGCACUGUACCACCUUCUCCGCACAUCUCAGCGGAAAAGGAGCGUGCGACGCAGUGUGGUCUAUAGACAGCGAAUGGGAGAGAGUGAGUGAGUGAGACAGACCAAGGUGGCUACUGGCUAGGAAGCAGAGACUCACUGCCUAAAAACAAGCACUUUUGAAGUACAUAAGCCUCUCAUAAGUUACUAGCGUCAGAAACAGCGAUUACAUCUCGACCCAAGAUGGCGUCAGCGAGCGAUGCCCGCCAGCCGCAGCAGGCCCAGAAGGACGCGGCGGACCAGAACUUCGACUACAUGUUCAAGCUCCUGAUCAUCGGCAACAGCAGCGUGGGCAAGACCAGCUUCCUGUUCCGCUACGCCGACGACUCCUUCACCUCCGCCUUCGUCAGCACCGUGGGCAUCGACUUCAAGGUCAAGACCGUCUUUCGAAACGACAAGAGGGUCAAGCUGCAGAUCUGGGACACAGCAGGACAGGAGAGGUACAGGACGAUCACGACUGCGUACUACAGAGGAGCCAUGGGCUUCAUCCUCAUGUACGACAUCACCAGCCAGGACUCCUUCAACGCCGUGCGGGACUGGGCCACUCAGAUAAAGACGUAUUCGUGGGACAACGCCCAGGUCAUCCUGGUGGGGAACAAGUGUGACCUGGAGGAAGAGAGGCUGGUCCCCACAGAAGACAGCCAGCGACUGGCAGAUGAGCUGGGGUAUCACUUCUUCGAGGCCAGCGCCAAGGACAACGUGAACGUGAAGCAGGUGUUCGAGCGUCUGGUGGACGUCAUCUGCGAGAAGAUGAGCGAGAGCGUGGACGGAGAGCUGAGCCCUUCCGGCAAGAGCGCCGCCCUGCAGGACGCGCCCCCCCACAACCAGGGCGGCUGCGCCUGCUAGCCGCUGUGCACCCUGGGACUGCACCGCCCGGUGACCUCCGCCCGCUCUACCCCACCUCAAUGGAGCCCGUGUCCCAGCACCCCGCAGUUCCCCCCCCAACACAGCCUCGUAAUCCCGCAUUAACGCACAGCUUUGCUAAGAUAUGCUGUGACUCCGCCCCCCCCAAGUCACAUCUUAUUGCGCAAAGUCACACGGAACAACUGGCACCUUCUCUGUGUACUCCUCCAAACCCCCGAGACCGUUCUUCAGCAACUGUUCCUGAAUUUACAUUCACCCUGUUGGCCGUCUCUGCCUGCUCCCCACUGCCUGUAGCGUAGUGGUUGUGGUACAUGACUGGGACCCAAAAGGUCGGUGGUUCGAUCCCCAGUGUGGCCACAAUAAGAUCCGCUCAGCCGUUGGGCCCUUGAGCAAGGCCCUUAACCCUGCAUUGCCCCAGGGGAGGAUUGUCUCCUGCUUAGUCUAAUCAACUGUAUGUCUCUCUGGAUAAGAGCAUCUGCCAAAUGCCAUUAAUGUAAUGUCAUGUAAUCCAGUCUUGUCAGCAACUUCUCUCCCUCCCCCCCGCUCACUGUUGUUUCUGCUGUCUAUCGCUCGAUCUUUCCUUUAUUUUUGCCAUCUAAGCCUUUCCAAUGUGGUGGCUUCUUUUUAGUUUUAAAAACGGAUGAGCUUCUAGUUUUGGCCAGAUAUUAAGUCCAGUACUUGAAAAUAUUUCUAUAUUUUGGACAUCGGUAAGAUAUAUUGAUUCUAGUCCAUCAAAGUGUUGGCAUGUCAAAACAUAUCUUUUAAAUAAUUCUGACAUCAGAAAGUAUUCAGACCCCUUCACUUUUUGCACACUUUAUGAUGUAGAUUUAAUUUUAAAUGUAUACAAUUGCUGUUUUUGCCCAUCAAUCUACACUCAUAAUAACCCAUAAUGAUUUUUUGCAAAUUUAUGAAAAAUCAGAGACUGAAAUCUCCACUGAAAUUUAUCCAUUUAAAAUUAAAUCUAAAACACAAUAAAGUGUGCAGAAAUGUGAAGGGGUCAGAAUAAUUUCUGAAGCCACUGUAUGUACUGAAUAUAAAGUCUUAUGCCAUAGUCAUUCAUAACUCAUGUUCACUACUUUUUUAAAGAGUGUUUAGCCAAAUGACAAGCUUAGCCUACAUAUUCCUCCCUCACUAUGACCUAUUGUAGAACCUCCCUAUAGAGUCCCAACUGAUUGCUGAUUGCUUAUGUGUGGAAAUCAAGCAGCCAAAACCAGGCUUCAGGUUUUGAAGCUCAUUUCCUGGUCUUAUCCAGAGAUGCUGCUCACUAGCGCCACUGUGGUUGGCUAUAGUAUAGGUGUUUCAGCCACCCUUUCAAUGUAUGUCAAUGGUAACAAUAUGGUAAAAAUACAAAGUCACAUUUCUUUUUUUUCCCCACAAGAAAAUGUCGGUGCAAUCUCUGUUUUUCUUCUUCUUCUUUUUUUUCUUCAUCUAAUGUAUCCCCAUGUGCCGAUUUUCCUCAAGUUGUUGUUUUAUUAGGACAAUACAGUAAUUAUUUUUGGAGGAAUCAGGGAUGCUUAGUGGAGCAGCCACACUCACCAGACUUCAUGCCCACAUAUGGGUUGCCCGUCUCCCUACUGUGCAGUCUCUGGCUCCGAAUUAUACAACAUUGCGGUGCCCGAGAACUUCACUUGCAAGCUUUCAAAGCGCUUGUCAUGAGCCCAUGGAUAGUCAGUGGGUGAAGUCACUAGCACUCGGUCCAUAUUUGUUCUACAGUCCGUGGGGGAAAUAUGCAGGGUUGUGUGCCUAAAGCACGUCACGCUUGUUUCAGCUAUGUGACACUCAUGUACCUCAACAUUUCUUCCAAGAGGAAAGUCACCAAUCCCUGUAGGAACGUUUAGGAGCAUUGCUAUUUUUUAAAAUAUAUUUCUGUCAUUUGCUCACUAAUAUCCUCUCCCACAUGACCGCACCCAUAAACACUGUCUAUUACCAAGGCCCAAUCCCCACCAUUGUACAAUAGUUAUUAUUUUCCCCUCUGUUUGUUUUCAAGGGCAGUGCAAAGCUGAACUAACCAGUGUGUAAGGACGUGACAUCAUGACCGUAAACUGUGUUUAGCCGUUUUUCAACCCUCAUCUCCCCAGACCCGCAGUCAGUGUUCAAACAGUUUCCCAUUAAUAAUGGGUGGAGGCCAUGUGUUUUGUUAAAAGUGUCACUUUUGGCUGACUAAGGCUUUUUUCCUAGCCUGGUCCAUUUGGCUCUGUCAAAUUAUUCAUUUUUUUCCAACAGGUCAGCAUUAAUCGGGAUCUAAUUCCCGGCUGCAGCCUGCCCGUAGAAGGAUGUGUAUCGGGGACGAGUCGCAGGCGCACCGACGCACGUAAUCGCAUGCCUGUAAAAGUGGUUUGAUGAAAUGCCGGGCUUUGACAGUGGUAGGUCUGGAGUGUCGUUCAGCGGUGUGCCCAUUCUCAGGCUCAGAGACCGCAAAAUGGGGCGAUAUGCGACGCAUCUGUACUGACUGCCUUAUUAAGGCCAAAUGAAAUGGUCCGUGUCUGUAAGAGGGUGUUUGUAUUUCAAACACAUAUUAAUAUGCUACUGUAAGGGCUGGAGCAUGUGAAUGGGGGUUAACUGAGCUCUUCUGCCUGAAGGGGGUCUAUCUGGGGCUUCGGGAAAAGCCAUUCUUCUGCCAGAGCCAUUUUCACCGUAACGUGUAGGUUGAAAAUACUGAAUUAUUGGAGUGCACCCACUUCUCUCUCUCUCUCUUCCCUGUCUUUCAUAUGGACAUGGGUGCUUUUCAGUCACAGUUACCGCUGUAUGUGUCCAUGGUGACAGAGGUGUGUGAUGUUCUGCCAAAUCUAGGCAAUUGGGCCAUGCCUGCCUUAAAGACAGACAGAGAGAGAGAGAGAGAGAGAUACUAUUAAGUGCCAUGUGUAAGCAAGAUGAAGCUUAUACUGUCUUAUACUGUUCUGCCUGGUGUACUGUAAGGAUGACCUUUUAGGCUGUUAUGUAAUUCUGUCAGAGACUGUAAAUAAACUGCUGUUCAUGUUGGGAAUGAAUAAGGCACAAAUGUACUGUUAUCUGUGUUGGGGUCCUGCACAUAAUUAGUGAAGUUCUUGUACUGAGUGAGUCCUUGAUCUUUUGGGGGAUGGGCACAGGGGAGUGAAUAAGGAAUGUGUGCAUUUGUCUCUCUGUAUACACACGCACACCCGCGCACACACCAAGUAAACCCUUUUCCAUACUUGAAGCCUCCUAUUUGAAGAGGAUGUAAUAUUUAAAUGUAUUUAUCAUGAAUUAAUUGUUGGAUUUUGUUUAUCUGUUAUGUUUGGUGUGUAGUGUUUAUGAUGUAUAUGUUAUACUUCUUUUGAGAAUGGCUAAAAUAACAAGGGAAAAUCGAUCGUUUUGUAUCUUAUGUCAUUCAUGCUUCAUUUUGAUUUAGGGUGCUUAAUUUAGGAUGUGUAUUUGUUCAUAAAGCAUGAAAGAAACAAAUCAUGACAUUCGUUUUGGAGAAAUAAAGAUAGCGUUCAUGAAAAUGCUCAA